AUGGCUCCCGGUCUCACUGAAAACGUCGCCCUCCGGGCCCCAACUGUAGCACCUCCCUUAAAGUCCGAUGCGGGCCAUAACAAGGAGAACUUGAUCGGCUACAAGUAUGAAAAGGAGCGCGAGAUCCAGGGAACAGACAAGCUCCCCCCGGCCUCGUACCCCAACUAUCUGCCAGUCUGGGACAACGAGACGGAGAGAUACCCUCCUUUGGAGCUGUUUGUGCACUACGACCACGGCAAGGAUGCCGACCCCUCAUUCCCAGAUCUAUUCCCCCAAGGCCAGGCCGAAAUCGACCAGAUCACACCCUUCAUUGGCUCCGAAGUGCACGGCGUACAACUCAGCCAGCUCUCAGACAAAGGAAAAGACCAACUCGCUCUCUACGUAGCCCAGCGGCGAGUAGUAGCCUUCCGCGACCAAGACUUCGCCUCACGCCCAAUCGAAGAAGUAGUCAACUACGCCGGCUACUUCGGCCGCCACCACAUCCACCAAACAUCCGGCGCGCCCAAAGGCUUCCCGGAAAUCCACCUCGUCUUCCGCGGCGCCGACGACCGCACCGGCGAAAAGUUCCUAGAACAACGCACCAACACCAUAACCUGGCACUCCGACAUCACCUUCGAGAAGCAACCGCCAGGCACCACAUUCCUGUACGUCCUCGACGGCCCAACCACCGGCGGCGACACCCUCUUCGGCGACAUGGUCCAAGCCUACAAGCGGCUCAGCCCCGAAUUCCGCAAACGCCUCCACGGCCUCAAAGCCGUGCACUCGGGCCUGGAGCAGGUCAACGCAAGCUUGAACGGCGGCGGCAUCGCCCGCCGCGAUCCCGUCACCUCGGAGCAUCCCAUCGUCCGCACGCACCCCGUGACUGGCGAGAAGGCGCUGUACGUGAACCCGCAGUUUACGCGGUUCGUGGUUGGGUAUAAGAAGGAGGAGUCGGAUGCUUUGCUGAAAUUCUUGUAUGAUCAUAUUGCGCUGUCGCAGGAUAUUCAGGCGCGCGUGCGGUGGAGGGCUGGCACGGUCGUUGUGUGGGAUAAUCGGGUGGCGUGUCACUCGGCCGUUUUCGAUUGGGAGGAUGGUCAGCGGAGACACAUUGCUCGUCUGACGCCGCAGGCAGAACCGCCUUAUGAGACGCCGUUCGAGGGC